AUGUCGCUGCGGUCUGCGUCGACUGCAGCCGCGGGCGAGCUGCUCCUGUCGACCUCCAAGUCGCGCGCGUCCUCCGCGUCGUCGGUGUCCAUCUCUCCGGCCUCCGCGAGCCACGCGCGCAGCCUGGCCACGCCCACACCUGGUGCGCGCGCCGUGCCGAACGACGUGCCGCUGCGCUUCCACUGGGAGGGCUACCUGCAGAAGCGCAGCGACUGGCUCAAGCACUGGGAGACGUACUACUUCGUGCUGCGCGGCCGCUCGCUGUACUGCUACCUGUCGGAGGAGGACGCGCGCCGCCAGAACGCCAAGUCCAAGAUCAAGAAGGGCAAGUUCGGCUUCUCGGAGCGCGUGUCGCUCGUCAAGGCGUGGGACGUGGAGGAGACCCCGGCCGGGGGCAGCUCCGGCCAGACGGGCUCUGCCGCCUCCACACCCGUCGCCGGUGCUGGCUCGCAACCGGAGGUUGCGGUCGACGCGGCGGCGGCCGCUACGAGCCCGUCGUCAGCAGCGACCGUAGACUCCGAGUCCUCCUUCAGGUUCACCAUGGCCACGCACAAGGGCCACCAGCUGCACUUCCGCACCAACUCGGAGGCCAGCAAGCACGUGUGGCUGCAGUUCGUGGCCAACGCCAUCGCGGACUAUGACCUCGCGGGGCACAUGCGGCCGGCCGUGCAGCGCCUUCGGACCAACGUGGUGGACUUUUACACGGGCUACGAGUACUUCUACGCGGCUCUGUGUGCGCGCGUGUCGGCCGAUGAAGGGGGAGUGAGGAUGGAUGUGCCUCCCUCGCCGUCCGCAACCGGACCGGGUACUCCGGGCGUCGGAUCGUCCGAGGACACGGACAGAUCGAGUCUCACACUGGCGCUGCCGAGCGGCAAGAAGCCCACCGCGUCCUACAUGCCGGUCACGCCCAACCAACCCAUGGCCAAGACGAACGUGGUCGCGCCGAUGGACCACGCGCUGCUCCGCUUCUUCUCGCUGCUGAAGUCAGACGUGAUCCUCCGUAGCAACUACCUGCCCAUGGUGCCGUUUGAAGGCAAGUAUCGUGGAUACGCAGGUGUGCUCGAGUACUUUUCCAGGUUGUCCCAGUCAGUGCAGAUGGAGCAGUUCAUUGUCGAGAGCAUCCAGAUGGAGGAGGACGAGGAGCACGACGAGGCCCCGGAUUUCGAGUCUCGUCCCCCCCGGAACCGCAACAGGGUGGUCGUCAUCUCUGGGAGGGAAACCAUGCAGGUGCGGUACAACCAAACUACGUUUAUGCAGCAGUGGACGCACAAACUGCACUUCAAGCCGAAUGAUAACGGGCGCGUUAGCCGCUGGGAGAUUUUCGGCGACGUCGUGGCCUCCAGCGUGGUGUUCAAAGCCCCUGGCUGCACGACGAAUCUCACGCUACCGUCGCUGGCUGAGCGUAUCCGUGAGUCGGUGGUUGGUGGUUAUGUGGUUUCGAUUAAUCUGCACCAAAUUACGGACGUUCGGUCGCACGAGUUGCAAGGCGACGAGUUCUUCGUACGCUGUUCGCUGGAUACCAACGAAUUUGAAGGCGUGUGGCACACGGAGGCGCAGUCUCGAGCUGCCGCCCCUGUGGAGAUCCCCGGCGAUUCAUCUGGAAGCGAGCUGGCGUCUUGGUCCUACAACUACCAGCAGGAGCUGUAUCUGCAGUUUGAUCGGCUAUCGCGCGAUGACAACACGGUGCUUCUCAUUGAAUGCUGCCGCAACUCGAACCACGAGGUCGUGGCGCGCACGCACGUGAAUCUUGCAAGCUUCUUGAACGGCAGCAGUGGUGUUAGCAGUUUCGCCACCACGGGCGGGACAAUUUCCAGUCGGUUGAUGGGUCGACGCAGCCGUCGGAAAACCAACAGCAAUGCGUCGAGAGUAGGCGAGAUGCACUCCUACGUGCUGUCCAACGACCACCAGAGCUUCUUCGGUAAAUUGCUGCUGGGCAUCACGAUCUCCGCCAUGUCCCAUCGGUCGGUAUCGCAGCGGUCGUCGACGUCAAGCUUCCGGGACAGCUAUCGGGACAGCAUUGGGUCAGAUGAUGGCAGUAUGGGUCCUCCUUCCUUCGCGUCGAUGGCGUCGUUCGAAAGCUCGUCGACGCGGAACAGUUUCCGCGCGUUCACCAAGCAGUUUUCUCCACCUGGGGAGGACGUCAUGCAUCAGUUUGUCAUCAACGGCGUACGGUAUCAGUUGGCUGAGAAGUACCGAAUGGUGAAGAUCGUAGGAAAGGGUACGUACGGUGAGGUGAUCGCAGCGAGCGAUUUUGUUCACGGCGGCACGUUCGCGAUCAAGAAGCUGGGCCAGUUCCUGCGGCAUCCGAAGGUGGCUCUGUUGGCUUUACGCGAGAUCAAGCUCAUGAGUGAAAUCGGCACACAUCCGUGCCUCAUGGGCUUGCACGAACUGCAGCGGCCAUUGGAUUACGAGCACUUCGAAGAUCUAUACAUCAUCCAGCCGCUCAUGGAGACAGACCUGUGCCGCAUUAUCCACUCGAAGGAGAGUUUGAGCGACGACCAAGUGCAGUACUUCUUGUACCAGAUGCUGUGCGGCAUUCACUACCUGCACUCAGCGGACGUCUUGCACCGUGACAUCAAGCCAAGCAACAUCCUCGUGAACUCGGACUGUCGGAUCAAGAUCUGCGACUUCGGGCUGGCUCGGCACGCGAACGACCGGGACCUGGCUGAAGGACUGUCUGAGUACGUGGUCACGCGAUGGUACCGAGCGCCAGAGCUCCUACUCGCCAACGCGUACACGAAGGCUAUCGAUAUGUGGUCUAUCGGGUGCAUCUUUGCCGAGCUUCUGGGCCGGCGUAUUAUGUUCCCGGGGACGUCCUACGUGGACCAGCUCAAGGUGAUUGUGGACAUCGUGGGCACGCCCACGACCUUCAGCUUCUGCGAUAACCCUGUGGCACGUCGCUACGCUGGUCGGCAGUUCCUGAUCCAGAGCCAGAAGGUGCCCAAGGUGGACUGGGCGCAGGUCUUCCCGGAGGCCAACCCGGACGGACUGGACCUGCUGGACAAGCUGCUGCAGUUCGACCCGGCCAAGCGAAUCACGGCGGCCGAGGCCCUGGAGCACCCGUACGUGAGCCAGUGGCGCGACCCGCAGCUGGAGAUGCCGUGCCACGCCGAUGUAGCGACGAAGCUCACCCAGUUCGACUACGCACAGGUGUCGUACGACCCGCAGACGCUCAAGGACCUGCUCUACCAGGAGGUCAUGAAGGCGCAGCGGCCGCCCCAGCAGCAGCCUCAGACCAUCGCCGAGUGA